AUGGCUGAGCAUAUGGAGCCGUACACUCCGAUGGAGAAGGAUGCGAGUCAAUCAAGCAGCAACUCGCUCUCGACUGCAGAGUAUGGCUCGCAAGGCUUGCAAUCCAGGCCAGUCAGGGGCCAGCAGCCUAGACGACGCUUGAUCGCGCUGAUUACCGCGGUCAUCGCGAUUGUCCUCGUCGUAGCGCUCGCUCUGGGACUUGGCCUUGGGCUCGGGCUCAAGCACAAACACAACUCGUCAUCAGAUCCAUCGUCCUCUAGCAUCAAGAACGUGCCAGGUGCAACCGCAUCAGACCUCACCUUCAUCCCUAGAGAGCAGCUUGCCGAUCCGUCUCAGCUCACACUCGACCCAACAUGGGAUCGAUUCGCGCCACCGCAAGAUCGAGUCUUCAAUUGGACGCUCACCCAAGUCCUAUCGAACCCAGCAGGCACCACCAAGCAGAUGCGUCUCGUCAACGGACGCUUCCCCGGCCCACUGAUCGAGGGCAACAUCGGUGAUCGCAUCAUUGUUCACAUUCAGAACGAGAUGCCAGUGCCCACAACGAUUCACUGGCACGGGCAGUACCAGCGUGGGUCAAACGAGAUGGACGGCUCCGCUGGCAUCACAGAGUGCGGCAUCGCUCCAGGCACCAGCUUCACCUACAACUGGACCGUCCAGCAGUCUGGCUCGUACUGGUGGCACUCGCACUACGGUCCGACUUAUGCCGACGGUCUCUUUGGCCCACUCAUCCUUCAUGGUGAUGACGAAAAGUUCAGAAUGACCAACCCGAACAACGCGACCGCCACUACGACCAACAACACCGUCACAAGCAAUGGCACUGCAAUCAGGACCGACUACGACCGAGACAUGAUCUUUGUCGUCAACGACGCAUAUCAGGCCGACUCAUUCAGCGUUGCUGCUAUUGCCAAGUCCAAGUCGGGACCGCCAGGCGGCGAUCAGGGCAGCGAGCCCGUCCCAGACUACGGCAUGAUCAACGGCCUUGGUUUCUCCAACUGCGCACUCGCUCCUAAUGGCACGACUUGCAUCUCGGACGAGCCAGCUGGCAAGGCAGCAUACAAUUUCACAGUGCCUGCCAACAAGCGCAUCCGGAUGCGAGUCAUCAAUGGCGGCUCUCUGGCGUCCUUCCGCUUCUCUGUCGAUGGUCACAAUAUGACUGUCAUCGAGGCGGAUGGUACUGAAGUUGAGCCGAUCGUGGUGCAGAGCCUCAAUGUCAUGGUCGCUCAGCGAUACUCGGUCAUCAUCGAGACGGAUCGUCCCGUCGGAGCUUAUGCCGUUCGCGCAGAGGUGCUGGACGAUAUGUUCCCCUAUGACAACCCUUUCCUCGUGAUGGACCAAUAUGCCAUCAUGCGCUACGAGGGGGUCUCCAGCUCGACUCAGCCCAUCGCCAACCCGUCCAACACGACGCUCAUCAACGUCACCGAGUCGCUGAGCACCUCAUCCCUGGUUCCUCUCACCCCCAUCGACGCUCCCGCUGCCAACAUGACCACUAAGCUCGUGGUCAACUUUGGUCUCGACGCAUACAGCAACUGGCACGCCUUUUUCAACCAGACCACCUUUACUUCUGAAAUGGCACCGCAAGCUUCGCUUAUGAAAGCUUUCACCUACGAGACCACCCAACGUGCCUCAUCCAACACGAGCUUGGAUGCAUAUUACAACGACCCGGACGAGAUGAUGGUUACCAACACCGAGGCGGUGGUGAUGGACGUGAUCAUCAACAACCUGGACGAGGGCGAGCAUCCGUUCCACCUGCACGGGUAUACGCCUUUCCUAGUCGGUUCGGGCGCCGGCAACUUCCAAGAAGGCGCCAAUUUCUCCGACACCAGAGUCAAUCCGAUGCGCAGAGAUGUCUUCUCCGUCCCACCGUUCAGCUGGAUGGCCUUCCGAUUUGUAGCCGACAAUGCUGGCGUCUGGCCUUUCCAUUGUCACCUCAUGCCCCAUAUGGCCGUGGGACUGCUGAUGCAGUUCCAGGUGCUGCCGGAUCAGAUUGCGAAGCUGGGCGUCACGGACCAGUUCUACCAACAGUGCUCGGCUGUGUCAAAUUGGGUCUCGCAAAAUCAGCAGCUGCUCAUGUCGACGGGUGAUCCUGAUAACAUGUGA